AAUGAAUUAAGCAUAAAUGAGCAGAUAAUAAUAUGGCAAAAUUGAGGAUGACUAUGAUUAUUAAAAUAAAUAAUAUGGACAACCAAAAUAACAAUAAUAGCAAUAUAAUGCUAAAUAACCAACACCUGUUUAAAAACAAUAAUAAUAAAGACCACCAUCAGGAACUUAUGAUUAAUCAAAUGCAUAUAACAAGCCUUCCAAUUAAUCAAUAAAACCUCCUGUUCAAUAAAUUAAGUAAUCCACAAAUAUCAAAUAAUAAAAUAACAUUAAAAAUAAUGUACAAUCAACUUAUUAACCUCAAUAUUAAUACCAUAAUCCUAUUGAUGAUAUCCCAAUUAAAAAAAGUGACAAUUAACCUAAUCUAAAUAUUUAAAAUCCAGAACCUUUAUACGAAUGUUCAAAAGGAUGUGGAAGAACAUUUUCUAAAAUUGCAUUAUAAAAACAUGAAAAAAUUUGUGUAAAAGUUUUUCAAAAACAAAGAAAACAAUUUGAUGCUUAGAAGCAUAGAAUAAUUAGUAAUGAAUAAGUUAAUCACAUAAGAAACUAAGAUAAAAUUGAACAAAAAUAUGAAAAAGCUCUAGGUAUUACAUUUAUUUAUUUAAGCCAAAAAGCAAAAUUGGAAAAAGUAGUCUGAAGCCUUUAGAGCUGCUAUCAUUGCUGCAAAAGGUGGACAAUUGACUAACGAUUAAAAAGUUAAUAUUUACUUAUAAUGUAGAAAGCUAUGCAAGAUGCUAGUAAAUCUAAUUUAGUUUAAUGCAAUUAUUGUGGGAGAAGCUUUAAUUAAUAAGCUGCUGAAAGGCAUAUUCCUUUUUGUGCUUAAAAGGCAAAGAUUCCUCCCAAACAACCUUAAAAAAGGAGAUGAUCA